AUGUCCAACCAUCAAUGGCUGUGCAGCGUCUGUUCUGCUCACUUUACUCGGAUGGAGCAUCUCAGACGGCACCUCAGAUCACAACCUUUACACGAAAAUGCAACGAAGCGUCAUGAGAAAACAUGCAAAGCACAGACCAGUGCCAUCAAUGCACUUGGCACGCUAGCCCCUGUGUGUAAUAAGGAGAUUAGUCACAGUGUCAACGAAGCUCCUUUUCAAAAUGCAGACCCAGACGUAGCUGACGAGGACGCUUGUCUAGCCAAGAUCCCCGCUUCAUCUGAUUUCGAAGCCCUCGAUCUGUUGUACUCUCAAGAUCUAACACCAGAUAGUACAGUCCUGGCCGAGAGACUAGAAUUCCUAGCAUAUUUUACAAGUGCUAAGGGGAUAGCGACUUUCCUAGACCAGGACACGCUUAAACAAUGGCAGAAACUAUUACUAGAGUAUGAACGGCAUAUUGAAGUGUAUGGAUACGACCGUGAUACAACGAGCCUGGAUGACACUUGUCACUCAGCUGGGAGGCAAGUCUUUCCUAAUUCAUGGGGAAGCGCCGCCGAAAAUACGAUCGACCCAUCUGUGGUACACAUGAUAUCAGACGAUUCAGACCUUCUUUUUCUUAGAACCCAAGAGAUUAUUCAUGACCUCCAAACCCUCAUUACUCAGAAAGCGGACAGAAGUAUCAUUAAGCUGGACUGGAGCCCCUCAGUGCAGGAAUCAUGCAGUACCCUGUUUGCACCCAACAACAUACGUCGCUUCUUGGGAUACUUCUGGUCCCUCUGGUACCCAAACUGCCCGAUCGUACACCGACCAUCAUUCAAGCCACAGACAGCCCCAUUGACUCUAUUAUGUGUCAUGGUAGUUAUUGGGGCUUGUCUCUCCCCCCAUGAUGGAGAUAGGUCGUUUGCAAGGAUGUGGCUCGACACUGUGGAAGAGUUGGUUUUUAGCAAUGAGAUAUUCCAGGAAAAGUCUGUCUUGGAAACCACACCGCCUGUGCUCGAGGCACAAACAGAAUGGAAGAAGAGGUGUGUAGAGUGUCUGCAGAUGACGUACUUACUGGCGAGAAAUAUUGGCCUCUCUGCGUCGCACCGGGAUCUUGAGCUGAAGGACCCUUCAGAAUCUUGGUGGCGGACAUUUAUAGUUGAGGAAGAACGAAUACGAUCCCUCCUAUAUGUUUUCUGCAUUGACUCGGCAAUCACAAUGUUGCAUAACUCGCCUCCACGGAUGGUGGUGUCUGAAUUGAAAAUGGAUAUGGCCAGCCCAGAAGAAUGCUUUCAAGCGAGAUCAGCCACGGAAUGCUUUACGGCCUUGAGUGCAUGGAAGGAUAGUAUCUUUUGGCGCGAAAGACUUUCAAUGUCGGCAGUGGUAAGAAGAAUCUGUCAGAGAAGCUUGGAUGAUCAUCUUGUGCAAGAAUAUUCUCGAAUGGGAACUCUGAAUAUGUGUACAAUUGUACUAUCACUCCACGCGCUCAUUUUUAGUCUUCAGAACUCACUUAUUUUUGAGUCUACCUUCACACCCGUUCAGACUGGCUUGGAAAACUGGGGACGUAUCUGGAACAAGAGAAUUCCUGAAGACAGAUACACACCGGAUGAUCCACACACUAUCUGGAAGAAAAUAGGCUUUGUACGCUACGCGGCCGAAUUCUGGCACUUGGCACGAAUCAUCGUAGCUAGAGUACAAUCGGGAAGUCUUCCUAAAAGCCAAACGGAUUUAUCUCGAUACGAUCAUACAGAUAUGGUGGAUGUCAAUGGAUUGAUAAUGGAGUAUCGACGAAUGAGUCUAAGUGCCCCUCCAUCCACAUAA